CAACACUCCCUCCCAAUUCCAAAACUAUUUAGAAUAAGCACCGCUCAUAAAACAAACCAAUUUAGAAUCAGAAAACCCUUCUUCUUUGUCAUUCUUUCUCUUUCCAUUCACCACCUUCUCUCUUCAAUCUUCAUACCUUUUCCUCCUCUGUUUUUUCUCAUACCCUCACCAAAUUUAAAGAAGGACAAAAAAUCCUUCUGACAGAUUUGAGGUGCAGGCACGAGAUAUUUCUGGUUGAAAUCAACCUUGUUUGUUUAAGCAGAGAUUGAAAAGAGAAGGAAAAAGGAAGAGAAGAAAAACCCAGAAAUGGAAUCAAAGGGCAAUAACAAAAAACAGUUUUCAAGCGACGAUGAAGCAUCACCAAGAGCAAUACUAGAUGCCCCUGUUUCAGGAACAGAGUCAGACAAUAGUGGAAGCAGCAGUUUCUCCUCGUACUCAUCGGAGAAUUCACCACCGGUGGAGGGAAAAUUAGGUUGGAAGGAAAGUAACAUGAUGCAAUGGAAAUCAAUGAUUGAUGUUUUCAAGUUCAAGUCAGUGAGAAGAUUAACAGCUAUUCCAUUGCUUGCUGCUGUUAACAAUGAUAUUGCUAAGACAGGUUUCCCUAGAAAAUUGGCUAGGAUUCGAAGUGCUGAAGAAAGUAUUGACAUUGGUGCUAUUCCUACUAAACCUUCUUGGAGGAAUUUUGAUUAUGAUGAACUUGCUGCUGCUACUAAUGAUUUCAGUUCAGAGAACUUGAUUGGAAAAGGUGGUCAUGCUGAAGUAUACAAAGGACACUUAUCAGAUGGUCAAGUUGUCGCAGUAAAGAGACUAAUGAAGAACGACAAGGAUUUCGCGGAUAGAGCAGGCGAUUUCUUAACAGAGCUUGGAAUCAUUGCACACGUUAAUCACCCGAACGCUACACGCCUUGUUGGGUUUGGUAUCGACCGCGGCCUCUACUUUGUCCUACAAUUAGCACCAUAUGGAAGUCUUUCUUCUUUGUUAUUUGGUUCUGAAUGCUUAGAGUGGAAGACAAGGUACAAGGUGGUUAUCGGAGUAGCCGAGGGGUUGCAUUAUCUCCAUGAAGAUUGUCCCAGACGAAUCAUUCACAGGGAUAUCAAAGCCUCAAACAUAUUACUCAAUGAUAAUUAUGAAGCCGAGAUAUCAGAUUUUGGACUGGCAAAGUGGCUUCCAAAUAAUUGGGCACACCACGUUGUUUUUCCUAUAGAAGGCACAUUUGGGUAUUUGGCUCCAGAGUACUUUAUGCAUGGUGUUGUGGAUGAGAAGACAGAUGUAUUCGCAUUCGGCGUUUUACUACUCGAACUCAUAACAGGUCGUCGUGCAGUUGAUUCCGAUAGUAAGCAAAGUCUUGUGAUUUGGGCCAAGCCACUUCUUGACUCAAAAAAUGUCCAAGAGCUAGCAGAUCCUAGAUUAGAAGAGAAAUAUGAUCCCACCGAAAUGAACCGUGCCAUGAAGACAGCUUCCUUGUGCGUCCACCAUUCAUCCUCCAAGCGGCCAUUCAUGAAACAAGUUGCGCAACUACUGAAGGGCGAGGAAGCAAUUAUAGAUUCCAAACAUCAUUCAGGUGCUUCAAGAUCACUCUCGUUAGAAGCAUGUGACUUAGAAGAUUAUACUUGCUCUAGUUACUUGAAGGACCUCAACCGCCAUAGGGAAUUAGUCAUGGAGUGAUCGUUUCUUAGUCUUUCAUGUGUGCUAUGUUCUGCAUUUUGAGAUAUCUUGUGCCUCCCUUUGUAUAUAUAUGUGUGAAGGGUAUGUAAUGAUCAUUGUUGUAGCAGUUUGUGUGUGGCUUAAUCUGAAGUCAUCGCAGGCUUGUGUUUUUGUUCAAGCUAAGUAGGCUUGUAAUCUAGCAUGAACCUGUAGGGUGCAUCAACAAUGUAAUGGAUAGAAAUGAUCCCAGCAGAGUGUUUUUUUUUAUCUUUUUGACUCUGCAAUGCCAUUGUUUCAAUCCCAAUUUCAUCAGUUUCAAUCAAUUGCAAGGUUCUUGUUUCCAUACAUAA